UUUACGAUAACUAAUCGAUAGGAAUAGUCGCACUCAGCUGUUGCAACGAUAACUAACUGCGGCAAAACAAAGAAAACACGGAGAAAAAGUUAACGCAAUUAAGCGUAGUAAAAAAUUCCUAAAUUAUUCCCAGAAGAAGAAGGCAGUGAGUCACGGAAAAAAGCUUUCCGGCCAUAAUGGCAGAUACCCGCAAAGACGCCGCGCCCCCAAGCUACGAAGAAGUGAUGAACAGUCCCUCGCAGGAUUCCCGGUUGAUAGUGGGCGUGCACCAGGGAGCACCCAGUGUCCCGCCACCAAACAUGCACAUGCCCACCUACGGAGCUUUCGAGACGACGCCGGUUAGCGUGGUGAUUCAGCCUGCUCCGGUCGCUAUGCCCACGGAGAUCAUAGUGAUUGGCGGAUGCCCUGCUUGUAGAAUUGGAUAUCUGGAGGACACCUUUUCCGCCUGCGGCCUAUGCUGCGCCAUCUUCUUCUUCCCGCUGGGAAUCCUCUGUUGCUUGGCCAUGCGUGAGAAGCGCUGUUCCAACUGCGGAACUGUUUUCUAGGGCGGAUUACUCGGCAAUAAUCCAUAUAAAAACCCCAAAUGUUGAUCCCUAUUUAGGCUUUCGCUGUGUGCACCCAGUGACUAUAUCACAAAGCUCCAAUUCUUUGGUUAUUGUUAAUCCCUAGCUUAUAAAUCAUUAUAUAUUAUGUGUAAAUAUAAUCAUGGCAGACUACGGAAAGCCCCCGAUUCCAUUCCAGGCGCCCCUUUCCGGAGAAUGGUCAUGUACAGUAAAAUAUGCCUAACUCGAAUUGUUAAAAAUGA